CCCACGUUCAUGUAUAGUUAAGCAGGAACUGUUACAGAAACUUACGACUACUGGUCUAAUAUCCAAACGCCACAGCACGCGCAGGAAGACCAAGACGGAACGAAGCACCCACACGAACGAGCAACAAGAUGUCGGGCAUCAAUGUGCCCAACGAAAUUGUCCUGUUCCAUUACCGAGCAUCACCGUACGGGCGCCGAAUGACAUCUUACCUCGCGCUGCGAAACAUCCCAUAUGCAGAAUGUCUUCAGCCACCGAUACUCCCGCGCCCGGAUAUGGAGGCAUUGGGUGUCAAGUAUCGCAGAUCACCGGUCAUGGCCAUUGGUCGGGAGGUCUACGUCGAUACGCGCAUAAUGAUCGCCAAGCUUGAGGAGCUGUUCCCGGCGUCUGCGGAGCAUCCUGGCCUCUCGAUGCCCGAGACCACGGGUCUGGCAGGUCUGUUGCAGAAGCUUAUGGUGGACGUCAGUGUGUUCAGUAAAGUGGUGUCGCAGAUUCCCCAGGAUCUGCCCAUGCUCAAAGAUCCCAAGUUUGCGAAAGAUCGCGCAGAAUUUCGUACGGCGGAUCAAAAGCGGAAUCCUCAGCUGAUCAAGCCCGAAGGCACAGUCCACUUGCGCCAGUGUUUUGACAUUAUUGAGGCGUUGCUCGCGGACGGGAGGACGUGGGUAGGGAAUACGGAGAAUGUUUCGCUUGCGGAUUUGGAGGGGGGUUGGGCACUCGAAUGGUUUCUGGGCGACUUGAUGCCUGACCAAGCGUACUUCUCCGAGAAGCAAUAUCCGAAGGUUCACGCAUGGAUUCACCGUUACCGUGAUGCUGUGCGCGCGGCUACGAAGCGUGCGCAGAAACCAUUGAGGCUGCAGGGCGCGCAGGCGGUGGAUGCCGUGACAUCUGCGGCGUUCCAUGAUCGACAAUUGGUGGUUGAUGCCAAUGAUCCGCUUGGGCUCACGAAGGGCGAACACGUGAAGGUGUUCCCGAUGGACGGCGGUGGACUACCACAACAUCAGGAUGAGGGCCGUCUCGUCAAGCUCACGCGAGAUGAAGUUGCCAUCGCUAUCCAGGCAAAGUCGGGCGCCGAACUUCAUGUACACGCUCCGAGAUGGGCAUUUCGGGUUGAAGCAUCUCGUGAAGGCGCCAGGCUCUAACCCUGAAGACAGUCGCUUGUGUCAUAUUGGGGAGACGGAUGGGGUAGCUCCCGAAAUGCGAAUAGCUCGGGCAGACAACACGCGGCCAGUGUCGGUCUGCGACGUCCUCUUGUGUCGUUUGGGUAGUGCAGAUAGACGCGCUGAAGUGAGAAUGAUGCCUAAAGAACACCGGGCUUCCUGGUGCCGACGUGGGUUGCCUGCGCGGUUGAACAGCGCUAUGCAAUGCACAUGCACACUGCGGACGAAGCCUUCGCGGACUCUGCUCGUGACAAAUGGCAGCCGGACACGACAUGCGCUGAAUUGCACGUUGCGUCUGGUGUCUUGCUGGGACGAAUGAGACCGAGAUGUCGCUGCCGCAGCGCAGUUCUGUGCAGGUGCUCUGCUGUUGAAAGGUGGAUCGCGGUAGAAGGAGUGCUCGUGGGGAAGUGUUCUACGCCCCGGUAGUACGAGACGUGCAUAGACGAGACAUGGUGCAUGCCGUCGCGCCGCAUCUGGACACGCUCGAUCAUUGCGCAGGAAGUCGCUUCGGGAAGUAUCUCUUUGCGCUGGCAGGUGUUUGUUGUCACAACGUGCGUGACGUCUGGGCCCGUUAAAGGUAGUCCACAGGCUGCGCUGUGGCGGUCGUGGUCAGCGCAGCGGACAGAAGGCCGGUCGCUGGAGAGUGGCCGUGGGAAGACCGACGCUCUGCGGUACUCGCACUCGCACU